AUGCAGAUGUGGGCGAGCCAGUCCCCGGGCCAGGAGAUGAAUUCAGUCUUCUGGCUCUACGGCUCAGUCGGUUUGGGUAAAACCACUAUCACCAAAACCUUCCCUGAGAGAUGGGAAGCACUGGACAUGCUAGGCGCUUCUUUCUCACUCCCCAUACAACCCAACCAACUCAUCAUUGAACCCUUUCGCAAGAUACCCUCACUGGAAAACUAUAAAUCUGUCGUCAUCGAUGCCUUGGACCAGUGCAUCGGCCCCGAAGGCGUGAACAAGGAGCAGGGGCAAUCGCUUGUCCUCCAAUUCAUCCAAACCCUAGUCAUUGCUCAACUCCUCACAAUCCUCCUCUGCUCUCGACAAGAAAAAUGGAUCGAGGAAGCGCUGGAGGAACUCCCUCAUCUUUCCGGAAACAUGGAACGAUUCGCGUCGGACUCGCGCGAGUGGAACUAUGUAAAACCUUGA